GUUAAUUGAAAAUGAAUUUGACUGGUAAAAAUGUGGUUUACCUCGGCGGCUUUGGUGGUAUUGGCCAAAAAGUGUGCGCCCAGCUGCUCGAGCGCCAGAUCAAGGCGUUGGCCAUAUUCGAUCUGACGCUGAACGAGCAAGUCUUGGCGGCCUGGCAGACGCAAUAUCCAAAUGCUGAUAUAUUCUAUCAAAAAGUGGACAUAACCCAGAAACCGGAGAUCGAGGCCGCCUACAAAGCAGCAGCUGAACGCCUGGAGCACUUUGAUCUGGUUGUAAAUGGCAUGGGCCUGAUGAACGACAACUUUGUGGAUUUGACCAUUCAAAUCAAUUUGCUGGGCUUGAUCCACAGCUCCUUCAUAGCCCUGGAGUAUAUGGAUAAGAGCAAGAACGGACGAGGUGGAGUUGUGGUAAAUAUCUCAUCGGUGGCUGGAAUUGAGCCAACUUCACUCAUGGCUGUCUAUUCGGCGGCCAAGCACGGUGUGACGGCCUUCACACGUGGACUAGGAGAUUCGCGCUACUUUGCCAAAACUGGCGUUGCCUUUAUAACCAUUUGUCCAGGGUUUACGGACACGCCUCUACUCUUCGAUAUGAUGAACAAGAUGACAUUCAAGCCCCACACAACCGUCACCAAGCACACGCACAAGGUUCAAUCGGCCGAGAUCUGUGCCUCGAAUCUCAUCAAGGUCAUUGAACAGGGCAAAAAUGGAGGCGUUUGGCUGCUAGAGCUGGGCGAAAUGAAGGAACUCGAUAUGCCCGUAAUGUGGAGGCCAACGCUGCAGGACCAAGCCUAGUCCACCUGCCAUAAAGAAUCUUUUAAAAAUAUAACAACAAUUUUCCACACUUGUUAAUUGUGCUAAUUUCUCAAAUUAUUCGGAAAUCUUACUCAUAAUCAACCACAGCAAUUUCUAUAAGCAACAAAAUAAAACCACAAGAAUCGAA